UUUAAUUGUGAGCAAUUUGAUUGGUUUUGAGUCCUAAUAAUAAUCAAUUUCCUCAUGAGUCAUUUGCUUGUACCUCUCUUAGAGGGACCCACUAAUCCUGUUAUUUAUAUCGAACAGUAAUGCCAUACUCUUCUUUCAUGUACACCUUGUCUCAAUUCUGGAAGUUCUCUGUCUCAUUUUCUCACCUUUCAUGCACAAUCACAAUCAUCCUACUUUCUCCACAUUAUAGCUUCCUUUCAUUCAUCUUUCUUCCCCUCUUCAUGGCUUUCUUUUUUUUCCUACUUUUGAUCUUUUUUGUCCCUUCAAGCAAUGCUCAGUGGCCACCUUCACCUGGCUACUGGCGAAGCUGUAGGUUCAACUCCAUGAGGUUUUACAAAGGAUAUAAAAACCUCUGGGGUCCUUCGCAUCAAAACUUUGGCCAAAAUGCAUUAACCAUCUGGGUUGAUCGUACCUCAGGUCUUACUCAUGGGUUCAAGUUUGUACGUCCAUUUCGAUCUGGCUACUUUGGUGGCUCCAUUAAGUUUCAACUUGGUUACACUGCAGGAGUCAUUACAGCUUUCUGUAUCUCCAACAAUGAAGCUCAUCCAGGUUUCCAUGAUGAAGUAGACACUGAAUUCCUUGGGACAACAUUUGGGAAGCCUUAUACUUUACAGACCAAUGUUUACAUCAGAGGGAGUGGGGAUGGGAGAAUUAUAGGCAGAGAGAUGAAGUUUCAAUGA